GCCGCAGGGGCGGGAGCGGGGAAGCGGAGCGGGACGGGACGGGGAGGGCGGCUGGGCUGCCCGCGGAGCCGGCCUCGCCAUGGCCCGCCAGCUCAUCGGCCCCGCGCUGCCGCCCGGCUUCCCGCGCCGCGCCGAGGCCGAGCCGGGCGAGGACUUCAGCCAGGUUGCAGGACCAGCACUGCCUCCUGACUACAAAAGCAGCUGUAGCUCAGAAACUCCUGACAGUGAUGACGACUCAGAACCUCUUCCUCUACCCAGAGACACAAAUAGAGAUUCUGAAGAGGAGACAGAAGGAGAUCCAGCACCCAAAAAGCCAAAAAGAAUUCAUGAAGAUGAUGAUGAUGAUGGCUUUUUUGGGCCAGCUCUUCCUCCUGGAUUUAAAAAACAGGAUGAUUCUCCAGAGAGGCCCAUUAUAGGUCCUGCAUUACCACCUGGCUUUAGGAAACCUUCAGAGGACACCAGGAGUAGCAGAAGUUUCAUAGGACCAUCUGUUUCAUCCGAAUCCCGUCCCCAGCUGACAGAUAGUAGCGAGGACGAAGACAAUUUAAUAGGCCCAAUGCCUGCAAAAGGACUAGUGGAGUCUGAUGUGGCUAAAGAGUUUGAACGCAGAGCUCAGAGAAUGAAAGAAAAGCUUACUUCAGCAGACAGUGAUGAACCCAAACAAGUUACCAGGGAAUCAUGGAUGACAGAGCUUCCACCUGAGUUGAAAAGCUUUGGAUUUGGCCCAAGAACAUUCAAGAGACGAGCUGAUGACAAAUCAGGUGAUAGAUCUAUUUGGACAGAUACUCCAGCUGACAGAGAGAGAAAAGCCAAGGAAAGAGAAGAGGCAAAAAAGUCAAGCAGUAAGGAUAAUGAAGAAAUGGUAUUAUCUGGGAGGGACAAGAGGCUUAUUGAGCAGGUGACUUCAUACAAUGAGUCAAAGAGGUCAGAGUCUCUCAUGGACCUCCACCAGAAAAAGUUGAAGAGCAAAGCAUCCGAAGAAAAGAGCAAACCUCAGGAAAGAAGGCCAUUUGACCGAGAGCAGGAUCUCAAAGUCAAUCGCUUUGAUGAAGCACAAAAGAAAGCUCUUUUAAGAAAAUCCAGAGAUCUGAAUAGUAAAUUUGAGCACAGUAAAGGCAACAUGUUUUUAUAAGAUGACAGCAUUAAGCUUUUUUGAAGUGAUGUCAAUUAAAAUUUGAAUACUUAAUUUUUGUAAGUAUUUUUCUGUAAAUAUUUGUAUGCAAAAUAAAUAUCCUGAUGUUUAACUAUUUUUCCUUGUCUGUAAAUACUCUCUUAGGGAGGAUCAUCUGUACUAAAACUAAAAUAGUAAAGGAGAGUCCUGGUAUAAAAAAAUUAAAAAUUUGCUACUUUGAAACUUU